AAAAACAGAACUCUCCAGAGGUCUUCCAAGGCUGACCUGGCUUUAAUCCAGACGUCCCAAAGAAACUCUGAUGUCCUCGCUGGGAUGACCUCCAGUGACAAGAAAGGGCCUGUGUUAAGUUUUCAUAACCUCUGUUAUGAAGUAAAAGAGAAGAGAGGUUUUCUAUUUGGUCAGAAAACAAUCAAGAGAAAGAAACUGUCAAAUAUCAAUGGGAUCAUGAAACCUGGCCUUAAUGCCAUCACAGGACCCACAGAUGGAGGCAAAUAUUUGUUGUUAGAAAUCCUAGCUGCAAGAAAAGAUCUAAGUGGAUUAUCUGGAAGUGUUUUCAUACAUGAAGUACCUGAGGAUGCUGAUUUCCCACAUAGUUUAGGAUAUGUGGUGCACGAUGAUGUCGUGAUGGACAGCCUGACGGUGAGAGAAAACCUGCAGUUCUCAGCAUCUCUUCGGCUUCCAUCAACUAUGACAAAAGAGGAAAAAAAUCAGAGGAUUGACGAGGUCAUUGAAGAGUUAGGUCUGGUUGAAGUGGCAGAUUCCAAGGUAAGAUCUGAAGGAUUAAGAAAAAAGAUGAGUAUAGGAAUGGAGCUGAUCCUUUAUCCUUCCAUCUUGUUCCUGGAUGAGCCCACAACUGGGUUAGACUGGAGUACAGCAAAUGAUUUCAUUAGAUUCCUGAAAAGGAUUUCUGAGCAGAGACGAACGAUCAUCUUCUCCAUCCAUCAGCCUCGCUAUUCCACCUUCCAGCUGUUUGACAGCCUUACCAUAUUGGCCUCAGGAGAACUAAUGUACCAUGGUCCUGCCCAGAAGGCUUUGGGGUACUUUGAAUCAGCAGGUUUUCCUUGUGAAUUCUACAGUAAUCCUGCAGAAUUGUUCCUGGAUUUCUUUCAUGGUGUAAUAAAGAGAGAGUCAGAAUACCAUGAAGGUAGCAAAAAUGAAAUGUCUUCAAGGACAGAUGAUUCAGAGAUAAAAGCAUUAGCUGAUAAUUUUGCCAAGUCCACUUUCUACAAUGACACAAAAACUGAACUGGAUGAACGCUCAAGGGAUGAGAAUAAGAGGCGCUUAGAGAGGAAGGAGAUUCCCUGUGUCAUCUCCUGCUAUCAUCAGCUCUUUAGCCUCACCUGGCGUUCAAUCCAGAACUUUGUGGGUAAUUACGAGGAAUGGACAAAUGAGACAGUUGGCACAUUGCUUAUGGGACUGUGCAUAGGUGUCUUCUUGUAUGUUCUGAAGUUUGUUUCUUCUGAAAUCCAACAUAGAGUAUUGGUGUUCUUCUUCCUGAUGGCCUACCACUGUCGCAGGAGUUCAUCACUGGCAGCUUAUGUCGUUGAGCGCCAGAAGAAGCGGUUUAUGCAGAGCCAGACUCAGAGAAGCAGAGUCUCUGAGGAGAGUGAGGAGAGUGAGGAGAUGCAGACUCCCUGA